UCCCUAUGGAGUUGUUGCUGAGGAGCUUUCAGACUUUAGGGCAGAGAGAGAGAGAGGAAAGGGAGAAAGAGAGUGCAUGAGUGAAGCGGGCGUUGACAUGGCGCUUAGAAAGACUGCCCGUUAUCUCAGGAAUAUCCCGUAUCAACCGGGCAUGCAUUUUACACUUCUGAUUCUUCUCGGCAUUGCAUGCGGUUGGGGUCAGAGCGCAGUGUCAGCCAUGAUACAGCGCCCCUGGAGCAGUGAGCGUUAAGGGCCUUGCUCAAGGGCCCAACAGUGGCAGCUUGGCAGUUCUGGGACUUGAACCUCGAUCCACAACCCUGAGUCUUAACCACUUGAGCCACCACUGCACCACUCAUGUGUGUGUGGUAGCCAGGUGGUGGUGCCCCCAAAGGUAAGCGGUGUGCUGGGGAAGAAUGUGACUCUAAGCUGCAGGAUUCAAGUGGACGCCAACCUGACUCUGACGCAGAGUUCAUGGGAGAGGCGCCUGCCGUCCGGCUGGGCCACCGUGGCCGUCUACAACCCCGUGUUCGGCUUCUCCAUCCAGCCUGAGUACGACCGCCGCCUGUCCUACCGCAUGCCCUCCAUCCACGACGCCACCAUCGUGUUGGAGGAUGUGGGCUUCUCGGAUGUCGGUGACUAUACCUGCAAGGUGGCAACUUUUCCUUUGGGCAACACUCAAGCCUCCACCACUCUCAGCGUCCUCGUGGAGCCGAAGGUGUACAUAUCUGCCGGAUCUACAGCUCUUUUAGACGGAGGAAACGUGACCACUGUGGCUACUUGCAUCGCUGAGCGUGCUCGUCCCCCGGCCGAUGUCUUCUGGGAGUCAAAUCUGUACGGCACAUCAGAGGUGCACAAGCAGGAAGACGGAAAUGGCACCACAACCACACAGGUGCACUACACCUGGGAGCCCACACGCCACGCCCAGGGUGACAAGCUCACCUGUGUGGUGAAACACCCGGCCCUGCCCAGUGAAUUUAGGAUGCCUUACGUCAUCAACGUGCAGUUUGCUCCGGACAUCCUGCUGUUGGGCUACGAUGGGGACUGGUAUGUAGGGAGGGAGAACAUCCAGCUGAAGUGCCAAGUUAAAGCCAACCCGCCACCCCACCACUUCCAAUGGAUCAGGCUGGACGGGGAGAUGCCAGAUGGAGUGAAGGUGGUGAAUGAUUCCCUGACGUUCUUGAGACCACUGCAGUGGAACGACUCUGGUGUGUACAGGUGCGAGGUGGGAAAUAACAUUGGGCUGCGCACUCGUGACCUAAGGAUCCGUAUCCAAGAUCCUCCUUCCACCACCACUAUGCCUCCCACCACCCCUGUGCUCCCUCUUAACGCCGAGAUCUCUGUCACAGCGCCUGGCAAUAAGCAGCGGGCCCUCUUCACCUCCCCGACCCUGGCGCCACUGCCUGAAGGCAACCUCGGCACAAUUGUGGGCGGGGCAGUAGGUGGAGCUCUUUUCCUCUUGCUGCUUCUGGUGCUUGGUGGAGUUUACUACCAGCGGCGGCGACGCACUUUCCGUGGAGACUACUACACCAAGCAAUACCUGGGACCUUCAGACAUGCAGAAAGCACCACCGCCUCCACCACAUGAGCUUCACAUCUACAACAAUGAAGCAGACAGGGCCAGUCCUGACACCAAGCUCAAAUCCUGCCACGACGUCAACGGCACCAUCCUUUCCGAUAAAGACCGGGAAGAGUGGGGUGGUUUUGAACGGGACAGAUCCCCAAAUGGCCGCAGUAGAGCUUUGCGAGAGGCCAACACCCAGCAAAACCUCCAAAACCAUCACAACCACAAUCAGCAGUCAAGCUACCAACCUAACCACCACCCAACUCCCCAGCCUAACCACCAACUGGACCACCAGAGCUUCCUCAUCCCUCCAAACAAGCACAGGAGCUCACUGCAACCCGAGUCCCGCAGAUACCCUGGCCCUCAGGUUAUGGGAAACGGCUCCCCCUUCUUGCCGGAGGACUGCUAUGACAGUGACUAUGUGUCACACACAGAUGGCUCCAUGAUCUCCCGUCGGGAAUGGUACGUCUAACAGGGUGGCGCUGCAGAAACGGACUGCUUACUAACCCUCCACAGAAGACGUCAAACUUGCAAAAGAAUAUGAUGGUAGAAAUAGAAUAUGUACUGAAGGGGGAAAAAAAAACAAUAAAUAGAAAAGCACCACUUGCACCUUUUUCCACGCUUCUACUGUUAUGGUGUGACCUGUCACUUUUUUUUUUUUUGGUUUUGUAAAGGAUGGGUAGCAAAAAGUACACCCGGAGUUGACUGUUUAUUAGGAGAACCUGCCUUCUCUCUGCACUUGUUGGGCAUUUUAUCAGGUCCAUCUUUUAUUCAAGUAUCAUCAAGCACUAUAAAGUGAUCUUAGUUAAUCCCACUCCAUAUAAUACCUAACAGUAGAUGGUUCCUCCUAGCAAGAAAAAAAAUGUUACACAAAUGCUAGAAUUGUUAACCAUUUAAAGAACCCUUUAUUCUAACAUAUUUAGAUACUGACUAGCGCAUCUAUUACUAUGGACAGUUUGAGACCUCUUUUCGCAGUCUAUAAAUGGUCCAUGAACCACUGUAGGACCACCAUUGCAUUGUGGACUUUUGUGGACAAUGGGGUUUUAUCUGAUGAGUGAUUAGUUAAUGCUGGUCCCUUUUUACUGAGCGAUGGGGGAUGACGAGCUCCAGUCAGUAAUUUGACACUCGUGAAGCGACCUGGUUGGAAAGUGAACCUGAUCAACUGUCCAGUUUUUGUAAAUACAGGUAGAGUUAGCCUAUGGCAAAUUUUCAUAUAUGAAUACUCUAUCACUGAUUUAAGUUAAUAUUUCAAUGUUAAUAGCUGAAAAUAUCCUACUUUUAAUUACAGCGAGGCAGCACUGCACACAGUAUGUAGAGUGCAGUUAUUUUUGAACCGGACAGGUGAGCGUUUUAAACAGCCCUGACGUGAUGGAAUAGUGAACAUUCAGUCAUAGUGAAGUUUAAUACAAACAGAAAUUAGCUCUUGUCAAUAGUCUGCCAUCUGGCAUGGUUACCAUGGUAACGCUUCAACAUCCCUCCCCUCGGGCAUUAAAUGGGUUGAGCUUUAGGAACAAGUGCUAGACACAGGGAGGACUUGGCGUGCACACACACACAAACACACCCCACUCUAUAUACAGAGAGCAAGUGGCUGCAGUGUGUUUAUGUACCAAAACAUGAAUGUUCAGAUGGACAUUUUGUUAAUCACAGCCGUUUUGCUUACGCUGCCCAGUAACAUUGAUUAUCAAUGUGUAUCGGAGUGACCCUCGGUUAAGAUUGCGGUAGUUCUUAUGAAAUAUCUCCAUUUAGUUUAGUAGAUCUUCUUGUUUUGAACAUAAUAUCAGUUAGCAUGUUUGUUUCUGGAACAGUUUUUUCAAGCACAGUGCUCUGAUGUCACCUGUCAGACCCUCCCGCUUCUUCCACUCCUGAGCCUCCACCUUGACAGGAAAGUGGUUGUUCCAUGUCAUGUUUUGGUUCAUAAAUGGAGCUAAAUUUUCCAGAUUUAGCUGACUGUGACCUUUUAAGCAAAAGAAAGCACACACUGUAGUUUUGAGCUAGAUAACAUUAGCUGCACUAUUUAAAUGUUCCCUCAGAGAGAGAAAGCAUUCUUUUCUACAAUUUCCUUAUUCUUAUAAAUAAAUAAAUAUAUCCACAGAUUCAAUGAAACAGAUGUAUUUGAUCAAAAGGCUCUUCACAAUGACUAACAUUCAGGAAAUAAUUUUAUUUCUUUUCCAAACCAGAAGAAAGUGUUAAGGUCAUGGAUUUCCAAAAUUAUAGUUCAAAUUAAGUUAAUAAACAAACCUAAAAAAGUUGGAUGUAAUCAUGCAGGCAAAAAAAAAAAGCAUGAGUCAUGUCAGUCCAGUCAGCCACUGAUUGCACACUUCAUUUAGCAUUGGUGUGUUUUUUUGUUUUGUUUUUUAAAACUUCCCCUGGAUGAUGCAAAAAAAGAUCAGAUGCUGCGUAAAGGGGUUGUGUAUCAAUUGUUAGCAUUGUCUAAAUAAUGAUCUCUAUUUGCAGAACUUUGUGUGAUCAAGCCUUAUGCAUAACUGAAGCUAAAUGUGGUCAAUGUUUCACUAUUUUUCAUUAGAGUUUUCUGUCCUUCUUUAUAUGUAAGUUGUCUAACUCAUCCAGAGGGGGCUGUUCAAGAUGGCGUCUCAGGAGGGGAAACAAUGCAGCGAUUGGUUAAAAAGAACGUUGAUCCAGGACACGUGCUCUUUGAUAUGUGUAAAUACACUUAAUUGGUGUUAAACCUCCACAGUAUAUUUAAUGGAUGAGUUCUCUGCCUAACAGUGUGAGUGUUCACUUUGCACAGAUUCCUAACACCACAUUCACAUAUCUGUGGUUACUUUGGCAAAUAGGAGUUUUGCUGAUUAGGUCAAACAGACGAGUAAUAAUUAUUAGUUCUAGGUAUGUCCAGGUCAGGGAGAUGAGAGCAGUGCCUUAUUGUGAAGACGUAGUUUAUUACAGUGGUGUUCUAAAGGCGUGUUAUUCUGUCUGUGAAUGUAUGUAUUUUUGAGUGUUGAGAAAUUGACCACUUCAGGUGCGUUGGUGAGCGUCCUGUAUGGUCCUGGACUUCUUCAGUUCUUCCAUUUGCCUUUGCCACUUUAGAAGACCUUUGUCUCUUUGUGCCAUUACUUGUAUUGUGUUUUUUUCCCUGAAUAGUCAGACAAUAGCAUAUUUUGCUCACAGAAAUUUGACAUUUGUGACAUUUGAGUUGCAACGCAUUUAAAACAAACAAAAAACACAAAGAUGGUAACUUUUGGUGAAAGGUGAAUAACUAGUAGGAUUGUAGUUGAAGGGGUAAAAGUUGUGCAAAUAAAUAAGAGUUGUUUAUUGUGUAUAUAUGUUUUCUCCUGUAUAAAGACUAAGACAUGAUGAACAUUGAGAACACCAGAGCAUGCCUACCACUUCACUGUUUAUGAUAGUGUUUAGGCUUAUUGAGGUUUUUCAGUCACUCGUGCUCCUCUCCACCAGUUUCUUUUCUUUUUCUACAGAGGAGACACAGUUAAAAAAAUGAAAAAAAAUGUCAAUAUACAAAAUAUGGAAGAGCUGCAUGGAAUGAGCAUUAUUUUGUAAAAUUAUUGUUUGGGAUAGGUUUUGUUUUGAAAUAAAGCACCUUUUCUUCUUUGAA